UGGGUGUGAUGGAGGAUUAGACCCCGGCUGCUCUCAGUCCUCCCCGCAGAGGUGAGGCUCGGAUGGGGGACGGUCACCGGAGGAGCCGGGGACUCGGGAGUCUCUCCGCCAAGACCCGGGUCUCCAAGGAGACCAAGCUCCGGCUGCGCGUGAUCUUCCUGGAUGAGAGCGAGCGCACGUUCGAGGUGGAGCAAAAGGUUUUAGGAGGCGACUUCUUCAACAAAGUGUGCGGUCAUCUCAAACUGCUGGAGAAAGAGUACUUUGGACUGGAGUUCAGACACCACAGUGGAAACUACGUUUGGUUGGAGCUGCUGAAGCCGCUGGCCAAACAGAUUAAAUACACCAGCGAUCUUUUCUUCAGGUUUAUAGUCAAGUUCUUCCCUCCGGACCCGGGGCAGCUGAAGAGAGGCCUCACCAGGUAUCUUUUUGCAUUACAGAUGAAACAGGAUUUGUCGAACAGCAGCCUGACCUGUAAUGACAACAGCGCCGCCCUGCUGGUCUCUCACAUAUUGCAGUCAGAGCUCGGGGACUUCGAUGAGGAUCUGGAUUGUCAACAUUUAGAGAUGAAGCAGUACGUCCCCAACCAGGAAUAUCUGGACCACAAGAUCAUCAAGUUCCACAAGAGACACAGAGGUGCGUCUCCGGCAGACUCGGACAUCCACCUGCUGGAGGUGGCGAGGAAGUUGGACAUGUACGGCAUCCGGCCGCACCCGGCCCACGACGGGGAGGGGAUGAGGAUCAACCUGGCCGUCACACACUCUGGAGUGCUGGUGUUUCAGGGAAACACCAAAAUAAAUACUUUCAGUUGGGCGAAGAUCCGCAAGCUGAGCUUCAAGCGGAAACAUUUUCUCAUCAAACUGCACGACAAAGUGGGGCCGUCCUGUAAAGACAUUCUGGAGUUUUCCAUGGCGAGUCGGGACGUGUGUAAAUCCUUCUGGAAGACGUGUGUCGAGUAUCACGCCUUCUUCAGACUUGCAGAGGAACCAACGGCGAUUCACAAAACACUGUUGUCCUGUAAGGGCUCCAGCUUCAGAUACAGUGGGCGGACACAGAAACAGCUGCUGGAGUGUUUGGGAUCAGGGGAGAAGAAGAGACAAACCCUUAAUGCUGCGUCAUCUUUUCUUUUCUCCAGAACUUACUGUCAGUCCGACUACGAUCCCAGACAGUGUCGGUCGUCUCCUGAUCUCCUCACCGACGUCUCCAAACAAAUGUAUCAGCACUCACAUCCCUUCCCCCGGUCGACCCGUGCCUUGGCGAUCCAGAGUCAAAACGAGUUGGACCCACAUCAUCGAGGCGUAGACGACAUCGAAAUCAGGAGGGGAGGGGCUAAACGCAGCCAAUCAUCUGUGGAGGUCACCCGGAGGCCGUGGCCUCUCUCCCAGGUCUCGCCCCUCUCUCCUCUGCACCAAUCAAGCCCCUCACCGAAGACCAGAUCAGCCUCUACAUCUCUGAUGGAGGACGUGAGGGGCGGACGCAUCGAGAUGCAGCGCCAAGCCCAGAGGCUGGCCGGGGUCUACGGCAACCGAUCGAGACGUCGGCCCAAUCCCCAGCCACACCCAGACGCCGCACAGCAGCUGGUUCUUCUUUACCCAAACAGUCCUGCCUACCAGUAUCACCCCAUCCUCCCAUCAUUCCCAUCAGCUGGGUCCUCGCCACUCAACCGUUACCCCUACUUGACGGACUAUGUUGCCGUUUCUUCACUGGAGCGUUUCCCGCAGCCGAGGAGGCGGGAAUAUGUGACAACGGAAGGCCUAUCGCGGCCGUCUUACUACCCACUAGGCCACGAUUCGCCGUCUGCUUCACCAAUCAGGAGGAACCUCCGCCCCUGUGGCUCAGGCGGGUUGGCCAGAGUUUACCAGCAGGGAAGCAAUGGGGCACGGUUCUUGGGCAUUGGACAUACUGAGGCCGGCCAUUACAGUGACGACUGCAAUUUCCUCCCAGGGCUGCCUCGCCGCGUAGCGAGCCAACCAGAUGUUAAGUUCCAUCUCUCAAGGAGUUCUAACCCCGCCUUUAACCCCGCCUCUGAGUUUCGGCCCCUUGGUUACUACCCUCACCUGACCCGGCCCACCAGACCCACCUACCUCCCACUAAACUCCUCCCCUCUGCCAGAACGGCCCACGUCGCUAUGCAUGAUCGGAGGCACAACAGGAAGCUACAGCGACUCGGACCCAGAGGUUUUCUACCCAUAUUACUGCCAACCACCCCCACUGGGGAAGAUGGUUCGGUCCGCUGGUCUAGCCAGGAUGAGGUUUUCUUCUGGAAGCCUCCAACUAGACGAGGAGGAAGACGAGGAAGACGAGGACGAUGGAGCAGCGAAGGAAAAGGCCAAAAAGGAAAUGAAGAGUGAGGAGGAGAAUAAAGUAAGAAGUGAGAGAGAAGAGACUAAAGGUCCUGUGAAGAUGACAGAGGUCACCUUGUAGAUUCUUCUCCACAUGGAAACAGAUCAACGACACGAGCACAUUCAAACCUGACGGAUGAAGUGUUCGAACUUUGCCUUGUUCUAGUUUUCAGAAGGUGGAAACUAAUUCCAGAACAAGCAGAACCAGCCUCAGCUUUAGCAGAAGAGGUUCGUCUCUAGAAGCUUUAAAGUUUUAAAGCCUGUGUCAAUGUCAAUGACUUACGAUCUUCUGGAAGAUGAAGGAAAACUAGAUUUUGUGUUGGGUUCUGUGCUAGAAAACUGUGGUUGCUUCUUCUGUUUGGGGUCGAGUCUUGUUCACGUCAGUUUUCGUUUGAAAACACACGAGCUCUGCCACGGAUACGUCUGGUGUCACUACUCCGGAGUUUGAGAGGAGAGAAACUGAGAUGUUUGGAAACGAUGAUGUUAAGACUCGCAACCUUUGCUGUGAGGCUCCUAUCACUUAACCCCUUGUGGUAAAAAAGUAGCUAGCAGUUUAAAAAGCUAAAUGGAUAAUCAACUACAAGCGGAUUGGCGAAGCAUCGGAACUAUUGUGGUUGUUGUGCGUGCAGACAGAACUGGACCAGAACAAAAAGCCUUUGAUUUACCAGUGAACCCACGUUCCCACCAUCGGGGAGUGCCUGGGGUUUCCCUGUUUGGAGCUCGAACAUCUGGAGGGAACUCGAACAUCUGGAGGAACUCGAACAUCUGGAGGGAACUCGAACAUCUGGAGGGAACUCGAACCUGAGCUUCAGACGUCUGAUCAGGAUCUGUCUCUUCUGGAGGUUUUCCAGACCAACGUCCAACUGGUGGAAGACGCCGUGAUAGACCGUGAAGUCUUUUAGUGGAAACUGAUUAUUCUCUUAUUACUUUGAAGAAUUGAAUUUGAAAUUUAGAGUGUUCCGGCAGUGUGAAAACUUGACUCAUGUUUUUGUUGAUAUUACAGCUGAAAUUAUGAAUAAAUUAUUAUGCAGAAGAA